GGCGCCGCCGGCGGCCGAGGGAGCGUGACUGCGCUGCGCAGGGCGCUAGGAGGCAUUGUCGCCGUGCAGGCCCCCUUGUGAGCAGCAGACCGGCCUGGUGGCUGGCAGCGGGACACCCGAGUCUGCAUGCUGAGGAAGAUGGGUGAGGCGGUGGCCAGAGUUGCGAGGAAGGUCAACGAGACGGUGGAGAGUGACUCUGACACCCUGGAUCUGGCCGAGUGCAAGCUGGUUUCUUUCCCCAUCGGCAUCUACAAGGUCUUGCGGAAUGUCACCGACCAGAUCCACCUCAUCACGCUGGCCAACAACGAGCUCAAGUCCCUCACCAGCAAGUUCAUGACCACGUUCUGUCAGCUUCAAGAGCUCCGCCUGGAAGGGAACUUCCUGCACCGCCUCCCCAACGAGGUCAGUGCCCUGCAGCACCUCAAGGCCAUCGACCUGUCUCGGAACCAGUUCCACGACUUCCCUGAGCAGCUCACCACCCUGCCAGCGCUGGAGACCAUCAAUCUGGAGGAGAACGAGAUUGUGGAUGUGCCCGUGGAGAAGCUAGCCGCCAUGCCUGCCUUGCGCAGCAUCAACCUCCGCUUCAACCCGCUGAACGCCGAGGUGCGCGUCAUCGCCCCGCCACUCAUCAAGUUUGACAUGCUCAUGUCUCCAGAGGGCACGCGGGCCCCCCCGCCUUAGGCCUCCCUCCUCAUGCCCACCCAGAAGGGACAGAAGCCACUUGGCCUGGCACCCUGAGGGGAGGGAGCCCCAAGGGCCCGUGGGAGGCCAAGCUUGGAGGGCUGGGGAUGGGUGGGCCCAACAGCGCGUGGGAGGGGGUGCAGCGGUCCAGGAUAGAUAGCUUAGAGCUGUAGAGGGUCCUGGAAUGCCCAGAGGAGGAGGCGAGGUGGGGGCUAGAGCCAGGACUCUAGGCAUUCAUAGCCUCUGUGCAAACUUGGGCAGGCCCCCACCCUCUCUCAGACUUAUAAUUUCGGGAAAGGGCUAGUGGCAGUGGGUCUCUGCCUCCUUGGGCUCCUUGGAGGCCUUUUGGGGAACACACGCCUCCAAGUCUUCGAAUCCUCGGUAUCUUCUGAGCUCGCAGCUGAGCAUCCCUGAGCAUUUCCUGGGCCCCUGUGGGUUGAGGCCUUGCUUCUAGUGCUGAGAGCCAGUCGCUGCCCUGAGACGAACAGAAGACAACCUGCAUUUAUUUAUUGCUUCCUGAGAACCAACCCUUCUCCGUGCCCCAUCCUGAGUCCUGUGGAUCCCUGGAUCAGCAGGAGCCUGAACCGGAAGUUGUGGGAAAGCUGCAGAGAGUGUGCGGACGCUGCUGACAAUGUUUACAUAGGAGCCCCAGGGCCAUCAGGCAGGGGAACUGGGGAGCAGAUCAAGUUGUCUCCAUCCUUCCACAUGAUUAAGAAAUUGCUGGAGUGACCAGCUGUGCCUGGCACCACCCCUUGAGCUACGGAGAGUGUCCCAGAGAGAAAGAAAGCCAUUGGCUGCCUUGUCAUUGGUUCACCUGGAGGCAGGCGGCACUAUGGACCAUUGGAUUGUAGCCAGCCAGCCCCUGGUCACCACUCAAAGCCCUGAUAACCUCGUCAUUUCUAGGCUCUGGACCUGGAGCCUGGCCAGGCAUUAGGGUGACCUGCCAUCCAUGUUUGCUCGGGGCUUUCAGUGCUCACACGGGGACAGGACCGGCACACAGGGACAACCCGUGGCUCCACCAGGUGAGGCCUGGGACAAUACCUGUGGUGUGGAGAACCCCUGACCUCUUGAUCCUGCAGGUAUCUACCUCCCACCUUCUCAUCUGUGGAGCAAGCAGAUCAGAGCCCACCUGGUCUGGACUUUUGUCGGAGUCUGUGGGAGAUGCCUGAGUCCCCAGGACUUGGGGCAAACCAGGCCACCCAAAUCCUACUUCCGUGGGCCAGUGGCCACCCUGCCACACUCAGAGCACUGACCCUUUCUCAGAAUGAUCCCAUUCCCUUUCUCAUCCCCUUCCCUUCCCCAGCCCGGAGGCUGCCCUGCCCAGGCCUCCUGUCUCUUGGCAAGAAGCUGACAGGUAGGGAGAUUGUAGGCCUGUCACCAAGCACUCGAGGACUCAGCGUCCCAGGAGAUGCCUGUUCACUCUGCUCAUCUCCCAGGCCUGGUGGGUCAAGCUCUGGGAAAAGGGUUUUCAGGGCAAGGAGGCCAGAUAAGAUCUCCAGGGCUACGAGUUCAGCCGGGGACAAGUGAGGGCUGCAGUCUAGCCCAGCCUGGCUGGGCCCCACUCACCGUGUCCUGGAGUGGGGUUUCUCCUUGUUGAAGAAGGGGUGCAUUUGCCUGAUAUGCAAAAAGGCAGUGUAUGGCCAGAGCCUGCACCUCAGUGUGGUCUGCAUCAGCACCUGCAUCAGCACCUAGAGACAAGGAUCCCAGGCCCAAUCCCAGACCCCUGGGAUCACAGCCUGCACUGCAGAUGCCCAGGGAUUCCUACAAGCACUUUACUGUUUAAGAAGCAUGGCCUGGGGAUGGCCUGGGAGUGAAAGGUGGAAUUUCUCAACUUUCCCCCAACACCAAGUCUGUGCCCAUCCCCCUCCCUAAAGCAGCCCUUCACUCCCACCCGGGGCCUCUUAGAUCUUUUCAGUCUGUGUGGCCCUCCCAUGAAGGGAGUGACCUGGAGUUCCCAGGAGAUGAGGGUUGGAUCUGCCCGGCCCUCUGGCCUCCCUUUCUGGUUCACCCCGAAUGCCAAGCUGCUCCUUCCCCAGGUCCUCAUCUCAGGCCUUUCAGAGGGGCUGUUUCUGGAAGCUGCAUCCUACUCUGCUUGGAGCGCGUGCCCUGGCCUCUCUGGGAAAGCUGGGCAGCGGAGAAGCCCCAGAUCAGAGCACAGUGUGAGCCCUUAGCUUCAGUCUGCAAUAAAGAAUGCAUUGGUUUCA